AUAGUUUUUUUCAUAAUUGGAAAUUGUAGUAGUGUUUUGCCUGUUAAACGUUCUCGUACGGGGUACAAAAUAAACAAUAAAGCACAUGCAUGAUAUAAAAACAGAAAAUCGUAUACAGCACUUUUUCUGUUCAGUUUUUUCUUAACAUUUUCAAAUGCAAUUAAACUUGUUUCUUAAUUUAGUUAGUUCGAUCGAUUUACAUUGAAAACAACAAACGCAACUUUGCCUCGUCUUCCGCAUUUGGAAUCGUUUAAAUGCGAUUCAAUACACUUCCAUAUUGCAUUUUUAUCGGAUACUAAUAGUUUAUAUACGCAUUUUCCGGUGCGGUCUUAGUCUAUAAAGUCCAUCUUCAAAUCGGUUUCAAUACGUCAGAAUGAGUCGGCUAAAUAUAUCCGCGAGUAUUUUGACUCGUAUGCAAAUUUUCGAAAGCACAGAUUCAAUAGAUAGUUCAACAGAUACUAAACAACAGACAUCAUCAGCACUAAAAUCUGCUAAUAGUGGUGGAUCCAGUCACAGUUUAUACACGGACAGAUUAAAACAUUCUGCCGAACAGAACGGAAGUACAAAUAAGAUGAUGAUGUCUUCGCCACCGCCGGGAGUACAAACAGACGCCGAUGGUUUAAUAUUACCAAAGAAGUUGAUCAAUCCAUGUCUUGAGUCAUCGGAUCGGAAACAAUUACAUCGUGAAUUAAAAUUCAAUAACAAAGUUGGAAAGAGUGUUCUUAAUCAGAAGACCGAACUGCAACGUGCCUAUGAAAAACAAAAAGAACGCCAACAACAACACAAUCAAACGCGCGAGGACCAGUCGCCGACUGUUGGCCUAAAAAGUGAACUAAAUCGUGUGAUAAUGGAACGUGCUCAGAAACAUGCGUGCCACGAUAACCACAGCAAUAGUUCUGUGGAUAUAGAUGAGGACGAGAAGCAAUACGUCAAUCCAGAAUAUUUGAAUGUACGCGCCAAACUGCGCACGGGUCAACGCACUGAAUUAAAAUAGAUUACCAAUAGCCGAUCUCUUGAUCGGUCAGACCUCUUCGAGGUCACAAUUACGUUUAACUAAUAUUUAUUAAUUUUUUUUAUGAGUUGUUUUUCGUCCUAUUGGUUAUAAAUUGUUUUAAUUUUUUAUUUUUUUAUAUUAUUUCUAUUUUUUAUAUGUUUGUACUGCACACACAUUUCUGUGGGUUCUUGAUAUUAAUUGUAUAUUUUUGACUAUGACAUACUGACAUACUUUUUCGUUAUCAUUAUGAUUAUUUUAAAAAGAUUAAGGUUUAAUGAUU